AAAAUGGAGAGUAAAGAAGCACUUUUUGUAGGUACAUUCUAUCCUUUAUUACUUAAGUGGCAUCUCUCUCUCUUAACACUAUAUACAACACAGUAAUAAUAAUAAUAAGUAGUGAAGAAUCAUCAUCAUUCAUGAAGAUAGAGAGAGGAUCAGAUCCAUAGGAAGUUUAUCUGUCUCAUCUCCCUCUCUUCUCCUCACUCACUCACUCAUCACCACUGAUCAGUCAAUCCCAUCAAUCAAAUCAGAGAAAGGAAAGCAAGAAAGAAGAAUCAAAAUAAUUAACAUUAUGUCCGCUUCAUCCACAAGUUCCUUUUCACCGGACCAGCAACAACAACUCUCUUCUAACACCGACCAGCUUUGUUAUGUCCAUUGUAACUUCUGUGACACUGUCCUCGCUGUGAGUGUUCCUUGCACCAGUUUGUUCAAAACUGUCACUGUGAGAUGUGGCCAUUGCACCAACCUUCUCAGUGUCAACAUGCGUGGCCUUCUUCUUCCUUCUUCCAAUCAGCUUCACCUUCCUCACUCUUUCUUCACUCCUCAAAACCUUUUGGAGGAGAUUCGAAAUGCACCAUCAUCAAACAUGAUGAUGAAUCAUCAUCAGCUUCCAAACCCAAAUGAUUUGAUGAUGAGCAACAUUAGAGGAGGAUCAAUAGAUCAAGAAACUCCAAAGCCUACUCCACCUGCUGCUAGACCUCCAGAGAAGAGACAGAGAGUUCCAUCUGCCUACAACCGCUUCAUCAAGGAUGAGAUCCAACGUAUCAAGGCUGGGAAUCCUGAUAUAAGUCAUAGAGAAGCCUUCAGUGCUGCUGCAAAGAAUUGGGCCCAUUUUCCACACAUUCAUUUCGGACUUAUGCCUGAUCAUCAACCCGUGAAGAAAGCUAAUGUUCGCCAGGAAGCUGAGGACGUGCUUAUGAAAGAUGGGUUUUUCUCACCGGCAAAUGUAGGUGUCUCUCCCUACUAGAGGAAAAAUAAAAGUGAUUAAUAUAUUAGGGUUUUGAAUGUGUUACUCUCUUGUCCUUAAGUAAUAUAAUGUUGUACUAAGACUUUGUCUUAUGCAUAUUAAUGUUGUGCACUUUUGUGUUAGUA